AUGAAAGAAGAUUCCCCACUCAAGCUUGAUAGACUUGUUGCAGCAGGAAAUCUUUUGGAUAACAUUCAGGAAUUUGAAUUUGUCUUUAUUUUGCAUUUGAUGUUCAAGAUGUUGCUUUUUACAAAUGAAUUGAAUAGAGCUUUACAAAAGAAAGAUCAAGAUAUCGUCAAUGUUAUGGAGUUGCUUAACCUUGCAAAGAUAAGAUUGCAAAAAAUGAAAGAAAGUGAAUUGGAGUCUUUGAUGGAUGACGUUUAUUCAUUUUGUGGAAAACAUGAAAUUUUGAUUCCCAAAAUGGAUGAUGACUAUCCAAGAUUGAAGCGUAAGAGGUCCACAGUUUCAUAUUUACAUCACUUUCAUGUGAAAGUAUUUUAUGCAGUUAUUGAUUUGCAACUUCAAGAGCUCAAUAAUCGUUUUGAUGUUGUGACUGAUGAAUUACUCCUUGGUAUGGCUAGUUUGAAUCCCGUCGAUUCAUUUGCUAAUUUUGACAAGAACGGGCGUGAUAGCAAGUUUCUUAACUUGAAGGGGAUUAAGGAUCUUGCUAUUGUGAUGGAAAAAACAAAAUUGGAUCAAAUUUGGUCUCUUGUUUAUUUACUUGUGAAGCUGACAUUGGUUUUACCUGUUGCCACUGCAAGUGUGGAAAGAGCAUUUUCCUCAAUGAAGUUCAUAAAAAAUGAUCUACGCAAUCGCAUUGGUGAAGAAUUUCUAAAUGGUUGUUUAGUUUGUAAGUUAGAGCGUAAGGUAUUUGCAACUAUAAGCAAUGAUGUUAUUAUGGAUCGUUUUCAAAGGAUGAAGCCUCAUCGAGUUCAAAUGUAA